AUGGGUGGCGAAAUGUCACUUGUUCUACCACAUCUCUAUUUGGGUUCAUUAAAAGAUCGAACCAAUAGUGCCUUGAUGGUUAAAAAUAAAGUCAAACGUAUUUUAUGCGUUAUUGAUAUACCAGAUAUAAUUGUUGACAAAGAAGAAUAUAAACCAACACAUAUAUUAAAUAUUCCAGCAGCUGAUGCACAAGAACAAGAUCUUGCACAAUAUUUUGAAAAAUGUAUUGAAUUUAUUCAUCAAGCAAGAAUUGAACAUGAAAAUAUUCUUGUUCAUUGUCAAGCAGGAGUGUCAAGAAGUGCAACAAUUGUUUUAGCUUAUGUUAUGACUAUUGGAGAUUAUGAUGUAGAAAAAGCUCUUCAAAUUGUUAAAGGUGCUAGAGGUUAUAUUCAUCCGAAUCCAGGAUUUUUAUCUCAAUUAAAAAGAUAUUAUACAAAUGAUGUUAAAAAAAAUUGGUAUCGUUUAACACGACGUUAUCCUAGUUAUGCAUUUGAUAAUGAUGAAAAUUUUGUUAAAAGUUCCUUAAAUAUCUAUUGGCAACAAUUUGAACCGGCUUUUAUUGCUGAACCAGUUUAUUGGUCAAUGCACAAAAAAAACUCGAAAAAAAUUUAUAUAUAUGUGUAUAAAUGUUAUCCUAUCGUAGUCACCGAACAAAUAAUCGAUAAUAAUCAAGAACAAAAAUUAAAACGAAUUAUAACUAUAAAUGAAGAAAACCCAUCUGCAUCUAUUGUUAUUGAUGAACAACAAAUACUUUCUCAUGAUAAACAAGUCGAAAAAACAUCUGUUAUACCUUCAACAACAAAACGUUAUCAUGGUUCUAAAAACAAAUUUACUAGUUCGAAAACAAUUCGUCGUUCAAAUACAAUGCGGUCGAAAUAA